AUGACCGACAAUUCCCUGAGUCUGAGUCUGCGGUGUCUUAUUGACGGCGACCGCACCUCGAGAUCCUUUGACCUGAUCACACCAUCGACGGAGACUUUAGUCAAUUCAGAAGCACCAUCCAUUUCAGCAAGCCUAUUUGGUUUAAGGAUUUUGGAAGCAGAGGAUCUCACGCUCUGGAAAGUCACGAUCCCAAUCACAAAAGACAACGCCGACACUCCCAUCCUGCUCGAAAACGUCUCCAGCAGCGACAAGGACAAGCUCGGUCCGAAAGACGAUGUUUCCGAGUGGUUUCCACAGGUACCACGCAAGAAAACUAUCCACAUCAUCGUCCAGCGUCCUCCUCAAGAUAAACCCGCACAUCUCAUUUCUGUUCCGGAGGAGCGCUUUGAGCAGGAGCUGGCGAUCAUUCUCAACGGCGUCCAUCAUCAAUAUACCAACCACUCCCUCGAUCUAAAGGAGCUCGAGAUGUCCCACAAGGAGCAAAGGAUGUUGGGACUUGCGCUGGGCAAGCAGGCCAGGACGACCACCGGGGAGACUCAGCGCUCCAUUGUCGAAGAUCCCAACUUCCUGACGCUUGCAAGGGACGUCGAGAACAUAUAUAUGUCUGUUGUCGACGAGGAGCAGGGUGAUCAGCUCGGUAUCGUUUUCAAGGUCAAAGCUCGCGCAGGGGAGCGCGUCGAGCUCGAGAUUCUGGCACGUUUGCUUUUCCUGAAAUUUCUCCUCGCCAGCAAACCUGCAUUGGACCAGUUCCAGUUCUUCCGUGAGCAGACGACCACCGGAGAUGCAACGAUCGGCAAGCUGGUCCAUAUCCUGCAGGAGUACGACAUCCACACCAUUCGAGCUAUGCUCCGCAAGACUCAGACCAAGCUUCACUUACUUCUUGUCCCCCGACGACUCGGGCUGGUGAUUGCUAUGGACGAAGCCAAAAUCGUGGAGAAUGGCAUCCUACCCAACAGGCUCAUCUCGCCAUCCGCUUUGAUCGACAACAAAUACAACACAUAUGCCAUCUUCAACGUCAAGAACCAAGUCCAUCUCAAGCACCUCCGCGGCUUCCUCGAGCCUUUGUCUCCCACACUGAGCAGCAUUCAGGCAACUCUGGUAAUCCUUGGCACAGCUCUCUCGUUGCAGAAUGUAGUCAAUCUGUACUCGGGUGUUGACAAGCCCACCAACCUCACAAGGAUCACAGAAUUUCCUCAGUUGGAUGAAAACGAAGUCAACAACAUGCUAUCGGACCUAGUCGACCUGUCGGAUUGUGAAAUCCCGCCUGCCAAGCGCCGCAAGCUGUCAGGGCGAGCUCAAUUUUCUCUUGGUAUUAUCAGGCGCCUCAUCGUACCCAACGCGACCCAGAUCUCCAAGCAGGCUAUUCUGGACAUUGCUGUCGAUGACACGAUCGAGCAUCUGAAGCAUGUUCUUCGGGAGAACGUGCGCACUAUUCUCCGGAGCGACAAAACCGGCGAGGUAUCUCGUUUUCUUUGUCGAAUGCUCUUGGCGAAUCGUCUCCGGGGUGGCAAGAUAACGUUCUCGACCAAUCAGCAAUUCGACUUUGUGAACAUGGUGUUGUGCAGUCUGCGACAACACCCUGAUGGCGUUCACCAGAUCAUGAACGAGCCCAUGGUGCUUGAGGCGGAGGAGGUGCUCAAGUCGUUGGGCAAGGAUUGUGCAUUCUCGGAGUACCUGGAUCAACUUUACCAGAUUAUCACCAACUUCGGCGUGGGUUCAACGUCAAAGGGAGAUGUACUGGAACCACUUUUCCGUCGAUCACUUCAGCGCUCCAAUGAUUUCCGUCUCGUGGAUCUCCCUUUCCUCAAAGGCAUCGCCUAG